AAUUAAAUCAAACCUCAAAUAUCUAUGAGCAAAUUUCAAAAUUAUAGGGACCUAGUUGUAAUUUACGCGGAGAGGAGGGUGUACCCUAUAAAUUAUUGACCUGUUAGAUUCCUACUCUCCACACCGUGGGGGGCAGAAGCAACGCCGGCAAAACAUAUACGGCGCUAUAGCUAGCUAGCAUGCGGAGCAAAAGGAGAACAACCGGCGCAGCCGCCGGAGCCUUAUCCAACUCUAUUCACCCUCCGCCGCUUCUUCCUCAUCAACACCAAUUGUAUAGUGCAUAUGCUUUGUUUAGAAGGAGAGAGCCUCAGCCGAUUCCUCGAAUCAACCCUAAGGGUGAUUGAAUCGGAAAGAGGUUUAGACCAAACCUUGCCGCUUAAAUUUUGGACGAAGCAACAAUUUGCAGUCGGGGUGAAUGAAGUGACACGUGUGCUUGAGAGGAUGACACCCGAUCGUGGGGGUGCGAUCUCUUCGGAUGAGCAUUUUCCGAUGAAUGGUGGUGAUAGUAAACCCCCCUGCAUCUACCUUCAGGCAAUAUUGUUGGCAUCCGACUGUAAUCCUCGCUGGCUGACGAAACAUCUGCCAGGAUUGGCUGCUUCAAGAAACGUGCCUCUCAUCUUUGUAAAAGAUAGAAAAGAAGGUUCCUUGAGAUUAGGUGAGCUGAUCAAACUGAAAACAGCAAUUGCCAUUGGAAUAAAGGCUAAAGGAAAUGGUGUCAAUCAACUAAUUAAGGAGGUUCUUGUUGCCCACGAGAUUGAGAGCGUCGAGGCCUAAGAAGUCUAUUUUGUCGAUAAAUUCUCCAUCUAUAGCUGGGGCACAGUACAAUAUAAUCAGCCUAAUCGAACAACUCGAACCAUAACAAGGCUCAAAUGGUUCAGCGAACCUUAGUACCUAAAUUAUUGCGAGUUUUCCAUUUAGAGCAAUUUGUCAUAUGAGAGAAAUGAAAUGUAGAUUGAGGUAGUUUGAUUCACACUAAGGUGGUGUUUGCAAAAGCUUAUUUAACAGCAAAAGUUAGGAAUUUUGAGUUAAGUAGGUUUUAAGUGCUUAUUUUAAGAAGUUGGGGGUGUUUGCAAAUUUGCUGGAAAAUUAACUUCAAUAGGAAAAGCAAGUCCGGGGGUGCUUUAUAAA